UGUUUUUAAUUUAAAAUGGCGUCUAAGUGAUUAAUAUUAUUAUUAUUAUUUUUAUUAUUAUUUUUUUUCACACUAGAUUUCCUAUAGGUACUAGGUAGUCGAAAACCUUUUAAAAAUUGUAUAAUUCGUAUUUUGCUUAGUAUUUUAGUUGUUUAGUACCACGAUAAUAUUGUCAUACUUGUGCUCCGACCAUCGCCAUCCGACGGGUCCGAUUAGACUCUGUCUACAGUGUUUAAUACUUAUAAAUAAAUAAUAGUAAUAAUAAUUAAUAAUGUCAUCUCAGUGCGCGUCGUCUACCCGGGGCACCGUCGUCCCGUCCAGAACAAUGACAGCUCGAUUGGGGGUGGCAAAAUUGUAUUUUUCCUAGUGCACUAUUUCCGCUUAAGCCGGCACUGGAUAUAGGUGCAGAUCUUUAAUUUUAUAGAUUAAAUCUAUAUGUAACAGAAGAAAAACUAACUAAAAUGAUUAAGAAGUGAGUACCACAAAGAACCCCGAAUGAACAAUGGGUUCGACCCAAGGGGAGAUUAGAGUUGGGCCAUCUCAUCAGGCUAGAUUACCGGAUUUUCGAACUGCUGUUAACAAUUUGAAUGGAAUAGUUGGAGAAGAUAGAGAAGAAGCUCGUUGGGUAUCAGGCACAGUGAGGGAUCGUGAUUUAUUAGUUUAUUUACGUGCAGCUCGUUCCAUGGCUGCAUAUGCUGGUAUGUGUGAUGGGGGAUCAGCGGAUGAAGGUUGUAUUGCCGCAUCACGCGAUGAUACAACAAUCAAUGCUUUUCAUAUUCUACAUGAUUCUGGUUAUGAUCCAGGAAAAGCAUUACAGGCCCUAGUUAAGUGUCCGAUGCCUAAAGGAAUUGAUAAAAAAUGGUCUGAAGAGGAAACGAAAAAAUUUGUAAAAGGAUUAAGGCAAUAUGGGAAAAAUUUCCAUAGAAUCAGAAAAGAUUUACUACCCCACAAAGAUACUCCGGAAUUAGUUGAGUAUUAUUAUUUAUGGAAAAAAACACCAGGUGCAAACAAUAAUAGGCCACACAGAAGAAGACGACAGGGAUCAUUAAGGAGAAUCAGAACUACUAGAGCUACUAGGCCAUCAAGUGCUCAAAAGGAUGAAACUAGUACAGGUUCUCGCCCUUCUCCAAUUUCAAAAGAACCUGGUGAUGGAAGUUCUGGUGUAAGUGAAGAUGAUGGUGGUAAUACUGAAGAUGAUUCAGACUCUAGAGAUAAUACUACACUAUUUCGAUGCCAUCAUUGUUUUGCCACAAGUACUAGAGAUUGGCAAAAUGCAGCCAUUGGACCUAAACAAGGAAAUUUGUUGUGUUUUGAAUGUAGAAGUUAUAAUAAAAAAUAUGGUGAAUUACCACCUACACCUCAAUCACCUGCUGAGUGUCCUAGCCCGACUACUUCUGAUGUUACUGUUACUGCUGAAUCGCCAAGUAGAAUGCGUACUCGCAAUAAAUCAAAAGAAACGCCUACUAAAAGCAUACAAAGUAGAUCUAAACGUAGCAGAGCAAAUACACCAGAAAUCAGUCAAGAUAAUGAAAAAAAAGAAAUGUCAGUGGCAUCUCCUUCAGCUGAUAAAUCUAAAUCUAAGGGAAAUUUAAGUGAUACGCCAAAAAAACGAUCCUUAGAUACUGAUGGCGAAGAAGAAAGUCCAUUGAAACGCGAAUCAAAUAAUUCUGAAAGCACUAGUUCUGAUGGAUAUUCUGGUAAUGAUGAUGAAGCUCAAAUUGCUACUGUAGCAUCAAGUGAAUCUAUAAAUCAAGAAACGGAAGUAUCUGAAAUUAUGCAGACAGAAACACAACCUGAAUCUGAAUUUACCCCUGUUGUUAUUCCUAAAGAGGAACCUAUUCAAGAACAAAAUACUGAAUCUCAACCUGACGAUAUGAUGGUGAUUUCAGCUGAUAAUAAUAGUAGUGAAAAUAUGUCAAUUAAAAAUGAAACUAAUGAUGAGCCUAUGAACGUUGACGUACCAGAAGAAUCUCAACUGUCCAUAAAUUCAACUGAUGAAAUUGAAAAAGAAUCGGUAGAAAAAGCAUCAACAUACUCAUUACCGAAUUCUCAGUUUGGCACUGAAAAUGUGACACCUUCAGAUACCGAUGUUGAAGUUAAAGAAGAACUAACAACUACCACAACUACAUCAGAUGAGAUUUCUCAAUCUCAAGUUGAACAACCUAUUCAAGAAGAAUGCAUGACUUCACCAAUUGCUUUAACUUCAUAUUCACCAAGACGUUCAGAAGCAAUAAAACCACCAACUCCUAACCAAUCUCAAAUACUUGUACCUAAUUUUCAAAACUCAUUUAAUGAUCAAGAGAGAAUCGGAGAUAAAUCAACAUUGAAUGUGCCUUCUGUUCCUACACCUGUGACACAAUCUUUUACCACUCCAUUUUAUCCAUAUAACAAUAAUCAAAUUUCAGAUAAAAUACAUAUUCCGGUGUAUGAAACACAAUUGGAACCUCAAAAUUUAAAAAUAAAACAAGAAAUAUCAGAUCCAUUACAGUCUUUAAAAGAAGUCAAAGUUCCAGGUUAUAAUGGUCCUGGUGCAGUUUCACAACCAUUACAAGCAACAAGCUCUGCCAUUAGUGUUAAUACAGAUUUAGCAAAUAUGUCAGUUGAAACUAUUAAAAAGGAACCAGAACUAAAAUCUCCAUUGCAAGUCAAGACACAUACACAAACCUCAUCUGCGCCAUUAUUUGCUCCACCGUCGUCUAUUCCUCAACCCGUAAUGCAUCCUUCACAACAAAUGUCACAAUUAAGUCGAAUAUCUCCUGCUGGUGGAGUCCCACCCCAUCAUCAUUUUGCUGCUAUGCAUCCACACCAUCCUUUAUUACACCCACAUUCAUUGUUUGCUGCUGCUGCAGCUGCACAUGCAGUUCUCCAUAAUCCUUAUCAUCCUCAUGCUCACCCUGCGUAUGCAGGAUAUCCACCAUAUGGGUUUCCAUAUGCACCUUAUCCUAUUCCUCCACCAAGUAAGCGUGGUCCUGAUGAAACGACAACAAUGACAGCUCAUCAUCAUCAUUCAGUUAGUACCAGCAGCCGUAUAGAUGAAGAAAUUACUCAUCAUUCCAGCUCAACAUCAGUUCAACAUCUUUCAAGUUCUACGGAUAAACAUACUUUAUCCCAUUCAACCACUUCUUCUUCUCAAUUGGUACAACACAAGUUAAAAAGAGGAAACAGUCCUCAAUCAGGUUCAAGUCAUAUAUCAGCAACUCUAUCGCACACUACAUCUUCAUCAUUAUCUACUCAUGGUGGUGCUGGGAAUACAGGAAAUGGUAGUCAUAUACAUCAGCAUCAGCAUACUCAUCAUCAUCAACAUGCAUCAUCAUCUGUACAUGGAUCAAGUCGAAGUUUACCUCCUCAACCUAGUGCUAUUAAAGGCAUACCACAUCACACACCAUUAUCUUUGGAAGCUCUGAGAGCUCAUACAGCAAUACAUGGUUAUAUGGGAGCUAUGGAGUUAGCAACAGGAAUGCCUCCUGGAAUGGAAAUGAUAAAACCAGAUCAAAUGAUGAGUCAAAGUACUGAUGAUGGUAAUAACGAAGAAGAGAGUUCACCGAGUCCAAACUUGCAUGUACCACAUGGACCAUCUCCUGAACCUAAAAUUGAAGACAGUGAAUGUCAUCGUAGUCAAAGUGCAAUAUUUUUGAGGCAUUGGAAUAGAGGUGAUUAUAAUUCUUGUUGCCGUACUGAUUUAACAUUUAAACCAGUUCCUGAGUCCAAACUCAGUAGAAAGCGUGAAGAACGAACUAGGCGACAAGCUGAGAAGGAACGUGAUGAACGAGAUAAAUCUCAUUCAAGGAAAAAUUCAAACAAUGACAAACAUAUGCAAGCUCCUAAUGAACAGAUAACUAAACCACCUUCUCGAAGUAGCAUUGAAGCACUACAAUCACCUUAUGAUAGGGUUAAUAGUUAUCAACACAGAGGUGCACCAGCAAAUGCCCCAAUGUAUCCAGACACUCCUGCAUUACGACAGUUAAGUGAAUAUGCACGACCACAUGCUGGUUUUUCACCAGUUUCAUUAAACCGUUCAGCACCAGGAUUAGGUUUGCCACCACAUUGCAUUGAUCCAAUGUUACAUUAUCAAUUUAAUAUGUAUCCACGUGACAGAUUUGAAUAUGAACAAAUGGAACGUGAAAAGCGUGAAAGAGAGUUAAGAGAACUUCGUGAAAAAGAAUUGAGUGAUAGACUUAAGGAUGAAUUUUUAAAGUCUGGAUCAUCUGGUCCACCCAGAAUUGACCCACAUUGGAUUGAACUUCAACGUCGCUAUGGGGGAACACCUGGUAUACAUCCAUUCGGUUUGUAUACUUCACCUGGAGCUCCUAGUCAGCCUAGUACUCCUAGUAACAUGAAUCCAUUAGAUAGAGAGCGUAUGGACAGACUCGGUGGUGGGCCUAAUGUAAAUUCAAACCAAAAUAAUUCUGGUGGUGGUCCUCCUGGCUCAUCUGCUGAAGAAGCAAAUCGUCUAGCUUUAGCAACAGAUCCUAUGGUCAGAUUGCAGUUGGCUGGAAUUUCACCUGAAUACCAUGCACAUACACAUGCACAUUCUCAUACUCAUCUACAUUUACAUCCAGGACAGCAAGCAGCUGCUGCUGCUGCCGCAGCGGCAGCUGCUGAUAGCUCAGCUUCUGCUUCUUCACCUUCAGUUUACCCACUUGGUUCUUCUGGCGGUUACCCUCGUCCGAACCUUUUACCUGGGCGUGAUCCUACAUUAGGACUUCAUCAUCCAAGUGAUGUAUUAGCCCGGCCAUUUGCAGAUCAAGUAAGACCGUUCCCAGAUCAAGUUAGACCAUUUCCAGAUCAAGUCGCACAUGAACAUUUUCAAAGACAAAUGAUGAUGGAACGUGAACGUUUUCCACAUCCAGCUUUAAUGGCUCAUGAAGAAUUUAUUAGGCAACAGCAACAAAGAGAGCGAGAAAUGAAAGUUCGUGCACUUGAAGAAGCUGCACGAGGAAGGCAAUAACUUUUUCAAUGUUAAUUUACAACAAUAUGUGUAAAAUAUCAUAUAAUUUAAAUGUUGUAAAGAAAAAUAUUACAUUUGAACCAAAAGGGUAAUUAAUGUAAAUUAACUAAAUUAACAAUUAUUAAUGGUGUUUCAUAGUAUGAAUAAAUUAAUUUUUAAAGUCGUACUAACUAGUUUUAUUUAACAUAAUAAAAGAAUAAAAACAUUUUUUUUUUUUAAUUUUUAUUUAUAUAAUAUAUAUUUUUUUAAUGUAAAUAUUCAAUUUAUGCUUAUUAUUACACAAUUAUAUGGCAAAUGGUAAUUACUAAUUUAAUAAAAGUUAUAAGUUUAGUAACUAUGUAAUAAUUAAUGUUAGUUAUUAUACAACUAAUUAUUAAGUGUAUGCAAUUUUUGGUAUAUAUUUUUAAUGUUAUCUAUUGAAUAUUUUAAGUUUAUUUAUAAAGAUAAAAAGUUAAAAUACAAUUAUGCACUAAACUAAACAUACCUAAUAUAAGAAAUGCAAUACAAUUUUAAAUUAAUAUUUAAUUUUUAAAAAUUCAUAUUGUAAGUAAUAACUUUUAAUCUUUUAAAAUUAAGAUAAUAUGUGCUUAUAUUAAAUUGUUUUAAUUUAAAAUUUCUUAUUAAGAUUGUACUUAUAAGUACUUAAUAUAAAAUAAUUAGCAACUAGUUAAAAAAAAUAAUAAGUGCAAGUAAAUUUUUGUAUUUGCAACACCCUUAUCAAAAUCAAUCCGUCACACUACUAGGGAUUAGUUUAAUAAUUGCCCUUUUAAAUUAAUGCAUAUAAAAUUAACCAUUAUGCACUAUUUGCGUUCAUCAAAAUUAGUUCUUAUAAUAUGAAUAUAUGAUACUAUUUUAAUUAAAAUAUUUUGUAAAAAAAAAAAUAUUGAUUGAAAACUUAUUAUUUUGGAAAAAAUACUAUAGACUACAAUUAGAACUGUUAAAUUGAAUUCAUUUUUAUUAAGGUUUCAUAACCCUUCUACAAUAGAAGAAAUAUUAUUAAAUUACAUUUCACUGCUCAAAUCAUACUAAACCAGUAACCUUGUUUGAUAGUAUAAAAUUAUUAAUCUCAGUUAUAAAUUACACAUUUUAUUAACACUAUUUUCUUGCAUUCACUAUCAAAAACAAAUCAAUUGGUUUUAAAUUUUUUUUUAACACUAAAUUAUUUAAUAAAUUGUAAAAUAGAAAUGUUUACCAAAAAUAUGGUGCUAUUUUAAAGUAGCAAAAAUAAUUUUUCUUGUUAACUUAAAUUAGUUUAAAAACUAAUAAUAUAAUACCUAAAUAUAUAAAUAUUAGGAAAGUAAUUUGUCUUUAAUAUUAUAUAAGGUAUAAUAC